CCUGCACGUGAUGGGGAGCCGGCUCAUGGGAGACGCCCACCGGGAAGGCGAGGCCGAGCGGCCAGGCGGGGGAGGCACCUGCAGGCGCCGGCUCUUGCGGUGAGCCGCGAUCACGCGUGGGUCGCUGGCUGGCUGGGGGUCCCCCACCGCCCGGCCCGGCCCCCUCCAUGCCUCCGCGCCGCAAGAAGAAGAAGAAGGAGGAGGAGGAGGCGGGCAGCGGCGGGCAAGCUGCAUUGCUGCCCGGGCGCCCGGCUCCAUCGCUGGCCUCGGGCCGGCUGCCACCCGCCGCGGCGGCUCUGCCCACGAUGAUGUUCAGCGGCGUGGGCUGCUUCUGGGUCCUCCUGUCCUCCUGCCUGCUGGCCGUCUGCAGCCUGGGCUUCCUCUCGCCCGCCUGGAUCGUCCGGCCGCGGGGAGGGGGCGGCCGGCGCUGGGGCAGCCCCGCGCCCGCCUCCGUGGAAGCCGUGGGCGGCGUGGGCGAGGUGAGCUUCGGCUUGCUCUGGCACUGCUCGGAAGCCGCCACCGCCGCCGCGCGGCACGUGGAGCCCUGCGACGGCCUGGGCGGCCUGGGGGGCUUCGGCCGGAUCCCCUCCGCCUCCUGGCAGACCAGUGCAGUGUUGUGUGCGGGGGGCUGUGCCCUUUUGGCUUUCAGCGCCCUGCUGGCGGUCAUCGUCCUUUUUCUUCCCAGCGGGCAGUGUGAGAGACGGUUCUGCACCCUGGCUGGGUACAUUCAGACAGCGGCGGUGUUCAUCAUGGGAUUCGGCCUGCUGGUGUAUCCGUUUGGACUCGGCUCUUCGGCCGUCAGGACGCAUUGCGAGGAUUCGAGCAUUUACUAUGCAGGGAGUUGCCAGCUGGGCUGGGGUUACAUGUUGGCAAUAGUUGGGGUGAUGCUGUCUGUCUUUUUGCCCUUUUUCGCAAAAUAUGCACCGAAAGAUCACCCUUACCCCACUCCGAUUCCUACCAUUUUGUAAUAUUUCACAAUCAAGAUGUUCCGGUUGGAAAUUUGCAGGUGCUUCCUUGGAGCAUUGAGGCAAAAAAAGAGAAGAAGAAUGAAAGUGUGUUGAAGUCACUUCAAAUCAACUCCAAAUAUGUUGGUGAUCAGCUCCCUGGUUCUGCAAUAAGACUUGCCAAGUUCUGGGUUCGGGUCACCUCAAACCUUUUCAAGCCUGAAUGCCAAAUGCUUCCGAAAGAACGAAAUCCGGUUUUUAUCCUCAAUAUCUACCUCCCUGUUUCUUUGGCAACUCAAAUCAUUUUUUUUUGUUUUUUGUUUUUUUUUAAAAGGCUUCAGCUCUGGUUUUUAUAGCUUACUGUUGAAUAUUUGAACGUUUUGGGGGUGUUUUUUGAACCAGCUUGUUUUUAAACUCGAGAGCCUCGUUUUAUUUUAUUUUAUUUUAUUUUAUUUUAUUAUUUUGUUUUAUUAUUUUAUUUUGUUUUAUUAUUUUAUUUUAUUAUUUUAUUUUAUUAUUUUAUUUUAUUUUAUUUUAUUUCGCAAAUUACAUUGCCCAAAUAAAUACAGCAUCCUUAGUGGCUCAGCUUAUUUGCAGGGCUGAAGUCACAAGGAACUAUUUUGAGGAACUGAUGUGACAGACAAUGGGAUGGACUGUAAAAACUACACAUGAUCCCGCACAGUUUUACCUUGUCGAGUGUGUGAAUCCAAUAUCCAACAUGGGAUACAUGUGGAUUUAAGGUCCUACUCAGAGGCAAAUCAAGGAUGAUAAUAAUAAUAAUAAAGUUGGAAUGGACCUUGGAGGACAUCUAGUCCAACCCCCUGCUCAUUCUCUCUCUCUUCUCUCUCUCUCUCUCUCUCCCCUCUCUCU